AUGAGGAAUUUGAUCGUGAUUGUGUUAUCACUGGCCCCAUUGUUAUCUUCAGUUGCUGGCGGCGAUAUUGGCCCCCUUAUCAGUCCAGCACUUUUUAAUCAAAUGCUGAAAUAUCGUAACGAUCCCAGAUGCUCCAGCAAUGGCUUCUAUACUUACAAUGCAUUCAUCACUGCUGCAAAAUCUUUCGGUGCCUUUGGAACAACGGGUGAUGUUAAUAUUCGUAAACGGGAAAUUGCGGCAUUCUUAGGCCAGACUUCACAUGAGACUACAGGUGGGUGGCCAAGUGCACCAGACGGUCCAUAUGCAUGGGGUUAUUGCUUCGUGAAAGAAAAGGGAGCAUCUGGGACUUUCUGUGAUUCUCCAGACUGGCCGUGCCCUGCUGGUAGACAAUACUACGGCCGAGGACCCAUACAACUCACUCACAACUAUAACUAUGGAAAAGCUGGCAAAGCAAUCGGAGUCGAUCUCAUAAACAAUCCAGACUUGGUGGCGACAAAUGCAGUAAUAUCAUUCAAGACGGCAAUUUGGUUCUGGAUGACGCCGCAGGGGAACAAGCCCUCAAGCCACGAUGUCAUAACUGGGAGAUGGACUCCAUCCGGUGCUGACAGGGCAGCUGGUAGAGUCCCAGGUUAUGGUGUUAUCACCAACAUUAUUAAUGGCGGACUCGAGUGUGGCAAGGGUCCUAAUGAUAAGGUGGCCGAUAGGAUCGGGUUCUAUAAGAGAUACUGUGACCUGUUUAGAAUUGGCUAUGGAAAUAAUCUGGAUUGUUACAAUCAGAGGCCUUUUAUGAGAAAUUUGAUUGCUAUUAUAUUAUCUCUAGCACCAUUGCUAACAUUGUCAUUAGCAGAACAAUGUGGUAAACAAGCUGGAAAUGCUCUGUGCCCAAAUCGGCUCUGCUGCAGCCAGUACGGUUGGUGUGGCUCUACAGCUGAUUAUUGCACAAAUGGCUGCCAGAGCCAAUGCAAGAGCGGUGGUGGUUCAUCCCCUACGCCAUCUAACCCCACCCCAUUCCCGGGUGGCGGAGCUGGCAUUGACUCACUUGUCAGUCCAGCCCUUUUCAACCAAAUGCUCAAAUAUCAUAACGAUCCAAGAUGCUCCAGCAAUGGGUUCUACACGUACAAUGCAUUUAUCACUGCUGCAAAAUCUUUCAAUGGCUUUGGAACAACUGGUGAUGUUGCUACUCGUAAAAGAGAAAUUGCUGCAUUCUUGGGCCAGACUUCACAUGAGACUACAGGCGGGUGGCCAAGUGCACCAGAUGGUCCGUAUGCAUGGGGUUAUUGCUUCAUAAAAGAAAUAGGUGCCUCGGGGUCUUUCUGUGAUUCUCCAGACUGGCCUUGCCCUGCCGGUAGACAAUGCUAUGGCAGAGGCCCCAUACAACUCACUCACAAUUAUAACUAUGGAAAAGCCGGCAGAGCAAUUGGAGUGGAUCUGAUAAACAAUCCGGACUUGGUAGCAACAGAUGCUGUGGUUUCAUUCAAGACGGCAAUCUGGUUCUGGAUGACACCGCAGGGAAACAAACCUUCAAGCCACGCCGUCAUUACUGGGGGAUGGACCCCAUCCAGUGCUGAUAGGGCGGCUGGUAGGGUUUCAGGUUAUGGUGUUAUUACCAACAUUAUUAAUGGUGGACUCGAGUGUGGCAUGGGUCCUAAUGCUAAGGUGGCUGAUCGGAUUGGGUUCUACAAGAGAUAUUGUGAUAUAUUCAAAAUCGGCUAUGGAAAUAAUCUGGAUUGCUACAGUCAAAAGCCUUUUGCAUGA